CUGUGGCCGCGGCCCGGCUGUUUUGGAGUCGGUAGCCAUGGCGGAGUGAAGGAGUGGAGGGACGGGAGCUGGAGGAGGUCCUCUGGAAGGUCCAGUAAAGAGUGAACGUUUCUAGCAGAGGUCAGUGUCUCAGAGUGGAUGAUUCAGCAGGAGAAGCCACAGUUGGCUGGCACCAUGCCGGUGGUGUGGCCUACACUCCUCGACCUCAGCAGGGACCAGUGUAAAAGAAUCCUGCGCAAGCUCGAGCUGGAGGCGUACGCGGGAGUGAUCAGCGCCCUCCGCGCUCAGGGGGAUCUAACCAAGGAUAAGAAAGAUCUGCUGGGGGAACUUACCAAAGUCCUAAGCAUCUCGACUGAGCGGCAUCGGGCGGAGGUGCGCAGAGCAGUCAACGAUGAGCGUCUCACUACCAUCGCGUACCAUAUGUCUGGGCCGAACAGCUCUUCGGAGUGGUCUAUUGAGGGGCGCAGGCUGGUCCCUCUGAUGCCCAGGCUGGUGCCUCAGACGGCUUUCACUGUAACAGCCAAUGCAGUGGCCAACGCCACAGCACAUCAGAAUGCCUCACUGCUUCUCCCCGCAGAGACCGGCAACAAGGAAGUGGUGGUAUGUUACUCGUACACCAGCACUACUGCCACGCCCCCCAGCGCCUCUGCCCCCAGCGGCAGCACAGCAGCUGCAGUCAAAUCUCCCCGGCCUGCCAGCCCCGCCUCCAAUGUGGUGGUCCUACCCAGUGGUAGCACUGUCUAUGUAAAGAGUGUGAGUUGCUCUGAUGAGGAUGAAAAGCCUCGUAAACGUCGCCGCACUAACUCCUCUGGCUCCUCCCCUGUGCUGUUGAAGGAGGUGCCUAAAGUGGCCCCGCCCAUCUCAAAGACCAUCACCGUGCCUGUCAGCAGCAGCCCCAAAAUGAGUAAUCUGAUGCAGAGCAUCGCCAACUCUUUGCCCCCCCACAUGUCCCCAGUGAAGAUCACCUUCACCAAGCCCACCACGCAGACCACAAACACCACCACACAGAAGGUAAUUAUCGUAACUACGUCUCCGAGCUCCAAUUUUGUGCCCAACAUCCUCUCUAAGUCACAUAACUACGCAGCCAUGUCUAAGCUGGUCUCCAGCUCCAUGUUGACGUCAACCAAUCAGAAGCAGACCAUGGUGAUAUCAGCAAACACCAGCAAUGCCCCAGGGCCCAGUCCUGUUGCCGUGACAACUGUGGUGUCCUCCACCCCGGCAGUGGUCAUGUCCACCAUGGCACAAACUGGUUCCUCUGCAGCAGUGAAGGUGGCCACAGCAAGACUGCCCUCUCCCAAGGCUCUGGUGGGCUCUCCCUCUCAGAUUCUCCAGUUCCCCAAACAGCAGCAGCAGCAACAACAGCAGCAGCCUCAGCAGUCCCAGUCACCCAAAGGGCUGCAGGGAUCGCCCAUCUCCUCCUCUACUCAGAGCGUCAGCACACCCUCGGGUUCCAAACCCACCAUUCAGAUCAAACAGGAAUCAGGUGUGAAGAUCAUCACACAGCAGAUGCAGCCCAGUAAGAUCUUACCGAAGCCCUCCAGUGCAGCCAUGCCCAGCAGCAGCUCUGCUCCAAUCAUGGUGGUCAGCAGUAAUGGAGCCAUCAUGACUACAAAGCUGGUCUCUACCCCUACAGGGACACAGGCCACGUACACCCGGCCCUCAGUCAGCCCCACUAUCGGAGCCCGAAUGGCCACAUCACCAGCCGGGGCCACCUACGUCAAGACCACCAGUGGCAGCAUCAUUACAGUGGUCCCCAAGUCUUUGGCCACACUGGGGGGAAAGAUCAUCAGCACCAACAUAGUGUCUGGCACCACCACAAAGAUCACCACCAUUCCCAUGACCUCCAAACCCAAUGUCAUCGUGGUUCAGAAAACCACAGGGAAAGGCACCACCAUUCAGGGCUUGCCUGGGAAGAACGUGGUCACCACGCUGUUAAAUGCUGGGGGGGAGAAAGCUCUGCAGGCAGUGCCAGGAGCAAAGCCUGCAAUCAUCACGGCAUCUCGGCCGAUCACGAAGAUGAUAGUAACGCAGCCGAAGAGUCUGGGCUCAGCAGUGCAACCGACCAGCACUACUAAAAUCAUCCCCACCAAGAUCGUCUACGGCCAGCAGGGCAAGACCCAGGUGUUGAUAAAGCCGAAGCCCAUGGCGUUCCAGACGGCCGUGGUGAGCGAGCAGACGAGGCAGCUGGUCACCGAGACACUGCAGCAGGUGUCCCGUGGGGCUGAGGCAGGUGCAGUACCAGGCUCCAGUCAGGAGGGGGCGCUGAAGGAUGACUCUCCUUCUUACAUGGAAAGCAGCCCUGCGUCCUCAGACAGUACACACGAAGCCCAGCCAGUGGUGCACGUCAUCACCUCUAGAGGCCAGGAUUGGGCUGAGCAGGAGGUUGCCGUAGAAGCGAGUCCCACUAUCAUUUACCAGGAUGUGAGCGGAGAGGCUCAGUCGGCAACGUCCACCAUUAAAGCCCUGUUGGAGCUGCAGCAGACCACAGCAAAGGAGAAGGGUGAAGCCAAACCCAGACAGCACACCAUUGAUCUGAGUCAGAUGGCAGUGCCCAUCCAGAUGGCCUCAGAAAGGAGGCAGUCACCCGAGCCCUCAGGCCAGGCUGCAGGUGAACCCGAAACUCCAGCAGAGUGCAGCACUAUAGGUAAAUCAGUGAAGACUGCAGGAGGAAGUGAAGUGUCUGCAUCCAGCAGCCAGUCAUCAGCUCUCUCCUCCACAGUGAAAAGCUCCAGCGCUGCUCCUUCCACCAGCACUACCACACACAGCGCUCAGGCGGUUGCAUCUCCAGUGCAGGCCAGGCCGCUGGAGGAGCAGGCUGUAGUGGAGGAGGGCGAGUUGGAGGGCGACACGCUGGACCCUCAGACCGGACUCUUCUACAGAUCAGCCCAGCCCCCACCUCCCCCCUUGCAGCAGCACCGCACCCAACCUCAUGCCCUCAGCAAGCCUCCCGCUGCCCUACCCACACCCAGCAAAGCCGCCCCAGGCCCAGCUGAAGCAGCUCCGGCCUCCAAGAGACCAGAGCAGGCCAGCCCACGACCCCCUGCUCCAGCAGCGGCUGCAAAACCUUCCGUCUCUCCCUCUCCCUCUUCCUCUGCCUCCUCUGGAGCUGCAGCGCAGCCAACCCUGCACACCCUGCCCACCAAACCCCCCCACACUCCACAGCUGCCCAAACUGCAGCAGGCACCAAGCUCACACAACCGGCCCAACACACACACGCAGCUGUCCCAGCCACCGCCGUUGCAGGCCCACCACCCUGUAAGCUUGGACAAGACAGCCAGCAGUAGCAGCCAGGUGCAGCAGCCGAUCAUCACGCAGGGCGCUGCGGUCACCAAGAUCACAUUCGGAAGUCACCAGUGUCCACCCGUGUCCAGCAGCGGCGAGGCAGCGGCUAAGCUUCAAGCGGAGUCAAGCUCAGGCCUGGGUGCGGCCGAGAAACCGUCCGUGUCAGACAUCCUGAAGAUUUCAAUGAUGGAGGCCGAGAUUGACCCGAGUGCAGAGUCCAUGGUGGUCGACUCAUCCAGCGACUGCAGCCCCUUUACCAAAACGGCGUCAGCCUCCCCCCUCAUCAGCAGCUCCAAACACACACACUCUCACACGCACGGUGCCUUCGGUCGGCUCCAGAAGAGCAAAGACCUGGACGUGAUACAGGUGAUCCCCCAGUACUCCAUCAUGCCGGACUCGAGUCAGUCGAAUGUGGUGGUGGAGCCCAGUGGCUUUCUGGAGAUCACCGACUACACCAGCCAGCGCCUAGAUGAGGAGGCCGCCAUGGAGCAGGAAGUGGACAGCAGCAACGACGAGGGGGCUGCAGCCAGCCCUAUGGAGGCCUGCGCUGACCAGUCACAGUGAGCGGGAGGGCACAUUCAGAACUGCUCCCUAUCAGACUGACCAUGAACACUGCUGAGAAGGAGCAGCACAGCAGCCUGUGCUCAGAUCACGCUGUUGUCCUAAGGAGAACUGAAGUAAUCAGUCUAAAGGAGCACAUAGUGUGUGGACCCCAAACUCUGGAUGAAAAAGAAGAAAUAAGUAUCUUACAGUUGGCUUGAACAGCAAGACUGUUCUCUUCUCAACACAUUUCAGCUGAUUGUGUUUUUUCAUAGGACAGUUCGCUGAACUGAAGCUACUAUUUGUGAAAUUGUAAGCAAAACGAUGAGGACUUUUUGGAUGUGUUUACUUAACAUCCUGCAUUGUCUCAAGGCGAGAGCGUGCUAAUUGGAUUCUGGGGACGAUAACUGUGGAGGAAGAGCGCAGGAUUUUGGUUCCGAUCCGGUUAGGUUUCAUUUUUAAAGCCCCAGGGAACCGUGUUUUCUUUCUAAUUAAGUAAAUCAUGCUCUUGUAGGCAAACAGUAUAUUUGUACAAAGUAUGCCUUGUGAAUAAUGUUCCAGUAUACAACAACUGACCGUUUUUUCCGAUUCGGUCAGUUGUGUGUAUAAUAACACACACACACACACACACACACACACACACACACACAC